AUGGGACCCAUACAAGCAGCACCUACGUCGUCGAUAUCGCGCAUGACUCGCUGCAGCAUGUCCAAGCCAGGCUAUCAACAUGAAGUCCAAAAGACCAGCUUCUGCGCUGGAACCAAGCGCAAUGACAUCUUCUCGAUGUCGAGCAACAUAUUUCUUCUGUUUUGGUGCGUUGCUAGUAGCAUGUAG